GGGUAUUACAUACUGACCAGACCAGACACAUCGCGUAGCAAAAUACAUUUGGUUCAGAAUUCGUUUUGAUAUUUUAACCUGCGUGUCAUGAUCGCGUUUGGUGUAGGGGGACAAAAUAUAUUUAUGCACGAUGGUGCACGCCCGCAGCCGGUUUGGGUUCCGUGUUAGGCUGGUGCUUGACAGUCUGCCGUUCAGCUCUGUGGACAACGAAUCCCACUGUUAGGGCGGGGAUACAAGCAUCUCGUCAUUAUAUCCAGUAUCUAUGGUACCGUAUUGCAAAGAACAGAGCGCAUUACUUUUUAUUUAGCCACACCAUUUGCACUAUGACCCUAACCAAUAACAUCCUUUCCCUACAGGAAACAAUGACCAAGAACAAUUUCCACGUUAGCGUUUUUAUUGUUGCAAUUUCUACGUUUAUUAGCACCAAGUUAAUUAAAAGUACUACUAAUUUAACUGCACAGCAUCACAUAUUUACCCCAUGUAGUCUUUAAUUCCACUUGGAGACAGUACUUGGUUGAUUGACGUUAUCUAGGCAACGCUAGCUGCUAACGGUAACUAACAAUGGCUAACUGUAUGGUUUUUCACACUCAAAUAGCCUCCAUCAUGGAGGUACUAGCGAAUUCAGCCGUGGCAGAGAUCAGUAAACUCGUAGACGACGACUAUGCAGUGUUUCGUUUGGAAAUAACGCAAAGCCAGAAAGAAAACAGGACAUUGAGGAGGAAACUACAGCUAUUGGAACUGAAGGUAGCACGGGAGCGCGCAGAGAGGACAAUGCGAGAGCGAUACAGAGGAAUGGCAAGAGGUGAAGGACAUCUCACUGGAGGCCACAGGAACGUUGUAAAGCCAGCGGGACACAACGGGUGGAGAAAUGACCAACCCAUAUCUAUAGAUGAGGGGAGUGGAACCUCAACCCAGGAUGUUAUCGUGAUAGAGUCUGUAGAUGCAGAGGCUGCAGGUCCUGGGGUCAAGCAGGAGAGGUCUGAAGGAGAGGACCCACGGCACAGCAGAGACAUCCAGACUGGAGCAGCGGCUGGAGUGGUGCCCUCUGUAGCCACAGAGGACCUGACCGCCGCGCCCCAGGCUAGGACCCGUUGCAGCAUCCCGGAGGUCAGUGGAAUGCUGAACGCCGCCCUCAAGUCAGAGACGGACGGCGAGACUUUAACUGUAACACACCGGCUCUUACACACAGGGUCUGACCACAGAUCAGACCACAGAUCAGACCCAGAGAGACUGGUGCUGGGGCCACUAGUCUGUCCUCCUGCUCCUGGCUCAGAUUACUUACCAGUAUUUCAGAGCCAGAGGACGGUUCAUUCCCGUGGAGAUGGUGACGUGUUAGACACUGGGGUUGAUGAUCUGUCUUGUUCUUACGAUACAGAGAUGGACCCUGGCAACAUAUCCUUAGGUUUAGAGACCCAGACUGAUCUGUCUAGAGGGGACUGGAACCGGUACAGUAGUAGUGUAUACUCCGAAGGGUGCCUAGAUAAGAAAGGGGAGGUUAUAGUGGUAGAUGAAGUGACUGUGAAAGUAGAGGGCGAUGCUCCUCCCACAUGGAAUGCAGAUGGUCACCUAGGAGACGGACACUCACAGGGCAGAGAUUUCUUAGAUUACAGGGGAAGCUUAGAGACGAAUCUAAAUGUCACAACCAAUUCUCCUUUACACGCGUUCAGGGAUCGCAAUCCAGUGUCCACGUCGAUGGGGCCUUCAGAUUCACACGGCCGUGUCCAUUUCGAUCAGGUAUUGAACUCAAACAACAGGGCUAGAGCCCAGGCUCAGGGAGGGGGAGCCACAUCAGGCAAUAGUAAAGAGAAACGAUUCUUCUGCAUGUUCUGUAACAAAGGCUUCAGGUGCCUCCAGAAGGUGGAGAUCCACCAGAGGGUCCACACAGGAGAGAACCCCUUCAGUUGUACCCAGUGUGAGAAGAGGUUCUCCCGCCAGGACCACCUGAAGAGGCACCAGAUGGUCCACACAGGGGAGAAACCGUUUAGCUGCCCCCAGUGCGAGAAGAGGUUCUCCCGCCAGGACCAGCUGAAGAUGCACCUGAAGGUCCACACGGGAGAAAGGCCGUUUGUCUGUACACACUGCGGGAAGAGGUUCUCAGAGAGGAGCUACCUCAGGAUACACCAGCAGAAAAUGCACACGGCCCUUGUAUAGUGACAUGUAAUCAGGAUGAAAGUAAGGCGGUCCUGAUAAUAAAUCGUGGGGUUACGCCAUACUGGUAAAACAUGAGCCUAUCACAAUAAUUAAAACAAAAUGUUUUAAAAAACUGGAGGCUAUUAUACCUUUAUUUUUCAUUAUGCUACCGCAUAUCAGAGGCAUGAACAAUUUGCGAAUGGACUUGAAAUUGAGUGGUAUAACUUAUUCUCCAAAAUGCAAUGUGGCUCGACGAGAGCAUUGACAUUUUUCCAAGGCAGAGAUGAAUGGCUGACACAGAGACGCGUGGACAGCAGUAUAAAUUCUGACCUAAUGAAAAUCUUCAAAAUGUCAUUAGACGUUGUGGUGGUUUGUGUGACAGAUGUCUCUUUCCAUUUCCAUGUUUGGAGGCUGGAAAUACAGUGUCUUCAGAAAUGAUUCAUAUCCCUUGACUUAUUCCACAUUUUGUUGUGUUACAGCUCUGUUUUUAGAAAUGUUUGCAAAUUUGUUAAAUGGAAUACAGUUAUCUAAUGUAUGUACAAUUCACAAUCCUGAGUCAAUACAUGUUAUAAUCACCUUUGGCAGUGUUUACAUCUUUGAGUCUUUCUGGGUAAUUCUCUAAGAGCUUUGUAUACAUGGAUUGUACAAUAUUUGCACAUGUAUUAUUUUUAAAAAUUCUUCAAUUGCUAGACAGCCAUUUUCAACUCUUGCCAUAGAUUUUCAAGCUGAUUUAAGUCAAGACAUUUGUUGUCUUGGUAAGUGUAUAUUUUGCCUUAUGAUUUAGGUUAUUGUCCUGCUGAAAGGUGAAUUCUUUCCCGGUGUCUGGAGGAAAGCAUACUGUACCAGGUUUUCCUCUAGGAUUUUUGCCUGUACUUAACUCUUAACUUCUGUUUCUCUUUUAUCCUGAAAACCCCCACAGUCCUUAACCAUUACAAGCAUACCCAUAACAUGAUGCAGCCAUCACUAUGCUUGAAAAUAUGGUGAGUGGUACUCAGUAAUGUGUUGUAUUGGAUUUGCCCCAAACAUAACACUGUUUUAACAUUUUUUACAGUAUUACUUUAGUGCCUUGUUGCAAACAGGAUGCAUGUAUAGGAAUUGUGUUAUUCUGUAGAGGCUUUCUUAUUUUCACUCUGUCAAUUAGGUUAGUAUUGUGGAGUAUCUACAACUUUCUUGAGCCAUCCUCAGUUUUCUCCUGUCACAGCCAUUAAACUCUAACUAUUUUAAAGUCACCACUGGCCUCAUGAUUGAAUCCCUGAGCGGUUUCCUUCCUCUCUGGCAACUGAGUUAGGAAGGACGCCUGUAUCUUUGUAGUGACUGUGUAUUGAUACACCAUCCAAAGUGUAAUGAAUAACAUAAUGCUCAAAGGGAUAUUCAGUGUCUGCUUACAUUUUUUUUUUUUUUUUUUUAAAUAGCUAUAGGUGACCUUCUUUGCGAGGCAUUGGAAAACCUCCCUGGUCUUUGUGGUUGAAUCUGUGUUUGAAAUUCACUGUUCGACUGAUGGACCUUGUAGAUAAUUGCAUGUGUGUAGUACAGAGAUGAAGUCAUUAAAAAAUACUGUUAAACUUUAUUGCUGAACUUAUUUAGACUUGCCAUAAAGGGGUAGAAUACUUAAUUACUAAUUAAUUAGUAAAAAUUGUUGGCCAGUGACAAAAACACAACAUUUUAUGCAUUUUCAAUUCAGGCUGUAACAACAAAAUGUGGAAAAAGUCAAGGGGUGCGAAUACUUUCUGAAGGCAAUCCUGACCCUGACUCUAGAUAUUAUAGAGACUGGGCUAACACAGCUAACUUUUUAGGUCAAUAAUAUGCUGUUUUUAAUCAACAUUUUGUUUGCUUUAUAACCGUGAGAAAUUAAACUAGCUAUUUGCUAGCUAGUUAGUUAUACCUAGGUAGCUAACAAGGUUAGCUAUCUUUUCUCAAAAUGAACCUCACUGUGCUUCUACAUCUGCAUUGCUUGCUAUUUGGGGGUUUCAGGCUGGGUUUCUGUAUAGCACUUUGACUUCUGCUGAUGUAAAAAGGGCUUUUUAAAUAAAUUUGAUUGUUUGA